UCAAUAUCCCGCACAAUCCCGUCAGUUCCCUUCAGCCCGUUCUCCUCUUGUUGCCCCUCCGCCUCGACUUCCCUCUUCUCCAUCUCCUCUCUCCUCUCUCCCUCCCAUCGACCAACCCUCGACAACUCAGCACGCACGCCGCCACCGCCGCGCAACGCCAUCGGCUCCUCUGAACAACAAUAGACCAUGAAGAGGUCAUGGAACAGUAGUCAAGCUCAACAGUUGUUCACAACGCUCCAGCAACACCAGCGAAAGGUCGCUGCCUCUAACACUAACUCCAACUCCAAUAACUCGGACUCAUCGUGGCUCAACAUGUCGAAUCACCCGUACGCCUCGGCAUAUUCCAACCUUCCCUCUACCUCCCUCCUUAUGGGCCAGGGCCCACAAUCCAACCCCGGCGGCGGGAGCCAGACAGACUCGAAGCGCCCCCGAAGUAACAAAGACGAAGAUGAUGACGACGACGAGGAUGAAAGCGACGAGAGCGACGACGAUGCCGCGGCCAAGCUUGCGGCGCAGGCGGCCAAGCCAAAUCGCAAGAUCGUCAAAGGACCUGACGGCAAACCCAAGGUCAAACUCACUCGGGGCUCGCGCGCUUGCAUAGCCUGUCGCAAGAUCAAGAUGCGAUGCAUCCCCGACGAAUCGAGCGGUCCCAAUGGGCCGUGCAAGCGUUGCAAGUCAGGUGGUCAUGAGUGUAUCUUUGAAGAAUCCAACCGCGGCAAGCGCAGCACACGCAAGAACGAGGCGCUGGCUGCCAAGAUUAACAAAAUGGAGACGGCGCUCAAGGGCAUUGGCGGGGCACUCAGCAGCCUGGAUGCAACGGCGCUCAACUCGUUCUCCCAGGCGCUGCAUGCCUCCACAAACGACCCCGAGGUCAUCUCGCUCAUUUCCUCUCAUGCCUCGCAAGCCGGGCCAACCUUGGCGUCCAGCCGCAGCUUCACGUACGGGCACGAGGGCGAGCGACGCGGCACAGAUGAGGCGACCACGGGCAGCCAUCUUCCUCCACUUUCCCCGCGGCUUCACUCGCUCCCAGACAACGUUCUCUCUCCACUCGGUUUAUUGGCCGAGGCCAGUCUUCAGAACACUGACCCAGCCAAGAAGCACGCGACCUUCUCCCGCAAUGGUAACGCCCCAAUGCGCCCGUCUCCGUUGACCCUGGGUGUGUCGGCCAAACUAGGACAAAAUGGCUCCAACCAGCGCCUAACGACGAGCGAUGUCCGCGGGCAUGGACCCGAGGUAGGCGUUGCGGCGACAAACUAUUUCAAACCCGGCAACCUGUCCGUGCACCCCGGUGGCGACGAGCGACUUCCCGAGCUGCUCAACCUCAUCACGCGCGAGGAGAUUGACGAGCUCUUUGAGAUAUUCUUCGACCACAUGUCAUUACAUGUCCCUCUACUAUAUCGCGACUUCCACACGCCGGACCUGGUCUUGCAACGCAGCCAGUUCCUCUGCACUGUAAUCUGCGCCAUCGCGGCUCGGUAUUACACUAAACGUGACGUGCACCACAACUUGUCUAUCUACGCAAAGCGGCUCGCGUUUGAGGUCCCAUCGCGCGGUUACAAGAGCGUUGAGGUGUGCCAGGCGUACCUGCUUCUGUCAAUGUGGACCCUUGGACCGGAGAAGACGUUCGAGCAGGACCGGACGUGGUUGAUGCUGGGCAUGGCAAUUCGCAUGGCCACAGACUUGAACUUGCACCGAAAGUCGAUCAUGUCGGGUUUGGAUACGAAGGAGGGCCGGGAGCGAGACCUGGAGAUUGUUAACCGCGAGCGCUGCUGGCUGAUGUGCUUCGUGCUCGAUCGGUCCGUUUCCGCGCAAAUGGGCAAGCCUUACACCUUGCGCGAGGACUACAUCAUCCGCGGCGCCUGUGAGAAGGCGUGGCACCAGCAGCGAUUCGCUCUGCCAUCCGACCACGCACUGGCUGCGUAUGUUGUGCUGCAGCAAAUCAUGAGCCGUGCUAUUGACACGAUUUACUCCUCCACGACGACGAUUUCGGGACUACGCGAUGACUGUGACUACAUGCUCGUCGUACGCUCAGCGCAUGAGGAACUGAGGCGAUGGCUGUCCGAGUGGAACCGUGGUCCACAACCCGACGGGCAUAUCGAGUACGACUCACGCGCGCAGUUCUACUACGCGUACUCGUCGCUCGUGCUCUAUUCGUUCGGGCUGGAGAACGCACUGGAACGUUCAAAGAUGGAUAUCUCGUUCUUCCUUACGAACGUGUACGAGGCUGCGUCGCGGGUGUGCACCGUUGUCAAGAACCACUUCCUCGAGCGCGGCUACCUACCCUACCUUCCAGACACCAAUUUUGUCAUGUGCAGUUAUGCGCUGCUGUCGCUUCUCAAGCUCCUCAAGCCAGAGCUACGAAACUACCACGACUCGGAGGAGGCUAUCUUCAAGCUCGUGACGGAGGUGGCCGACAUUUUGGAAAAUUGCGCGGUCGACUCAUCGCACCAGCCAGCGAUCUACUCGGCGUUCAUCCGCGAGAUUGUCCGCAAAACGCGGGAGAAUCGCCGCGGACCCAGUGCUCAUCCUUCGCGCGCAGUGAGCCGCGCCGGCUCGCCGGCGCCGAACGGCAACGCCGAGAGCGGGCAGAUGUUUGACCCGGCGCUGCUGAACGAGGUGACAUGGCCACAUGGCGACGUCCUUGGUGGCGAGACGCAGUUCGCCUACAUUCCGCAGGGUGGGGAUAUGAUGAUCUUGCCCUCGCAGGCAGGACCAAGCGAGAGUGUUCAAAAUUCGCCGAGCGCUACGUUCGGCGGCAAUUACCCGUCCCAGAGCACGCCGCAGGCGAGCAACGGCUGGGCCGAGUACCUUCCGACAUUCAUGAGUGCGGACGCGUUUGACGGAUGGGAUGGAAGCAUGCUGCUUCCAGGUUUCGGGAGAGGGCAGAUGACGCUGGCCGGCGGGCUGGUGCACUCGCAGUUUGGGAGCGGUAUCAUUACGCCACUGGGUCGGAGUCCUGCGGCGUCACGAGCUGCUUCUCGUGCCGUCAGCCGCGCCCAGUCGCCCGUAAGCAAGUGAGACCUGAUGUGUACAAUAACACUUGUAUGACUACGGCGGUGCAUCUCUACAGCUUCUA